CAGCUGAUUUUGUUCAAAAUGUUUUUAUUUUUUUGCAAUUCGGUUUCCUUUAAUCAAAAUCACACAAAAUCACAUCAGUUAUUAUCGGUCGCCCAGUGAGCUUUGUUUGGUGUCUCAAAAACUAAAAUACUCAAAUGGAUCGAGGAAGUUUUAGGGAUAACAGACGGGAAGGACGCUGGCAGGAUGAAGGAUCCCCCGUUCCGGUUUUCUUCGACUUCGUCUCUAAGAACGUGUCCAUGCCCUCUGACCUUGGUGAACUAAUAGCAUACGUGUUACUACUCGUUAUCUCGUGGUACGCCCUUGUCUUCGCCUUCCGGUUUCUCCUUUCUCUGGUGAAGCCUGUGCUUGUUGUGGUGGCAGCGCUCUUUAUCUUCCGAUUUCUGCGAGCCUUUGAAUUUGAGGACAUUACCGAUCUGUUCUUCCAAAUUCUGUGUGUGAUCGCCAAUCUGGUGUCCUCCAUUGUGGCGAAAUUUUUGGAAGUCAUCUUUAGCGUUUUUAAGUAAUAUACAUGAGUUAAUUUAUCCACAUUCCAUUGUUAUCCUUUUCAACACGUACAUGUCAUUACCAAAAUUUUGUUAAAUUUGUUUUCCUAUUUGUAUUUUGAUAAAAAAUAAAUAAUAUUUAAUUACCCAAAA